CAUCACCCCGGCUGAUUGUGAAGGAUUCAACCCAGCGUGUUGGCUAAAUAAAAUAAUAAACGUCACCUCCGCCAUUCGGAAUGCAUACCGGAAGUGGACUUUUUCGAGAUUUUUCGCGUUAAAAAUAUCCUUAGACGCGUCGUGUCGAGGUGUUUCCAUGCGGCUUCGCAGAGGAGAUGCCCCGAUACUGCGCAGAAAAGCUUUGCCGAAACCGUGGAGGGACUUCAUCAAAACAAGACAAGAAAAUCAGCUUUUACCCUUUUCCCUUGCAGGACAAGACCAGGCUCCAAACAUGGGUGGACAACAUGAGGCGGGGGGAGUGGACCCCAAGUCGACAUCAGUAUCUCUGCAGCGAGCACUUCACAGAGGACUGCUUUGAUAUUCGCUGGGGCAUCCGAUAUCUGAAGAAUACAGCUAUUCCCACCCUUUUUCCCUCUAUUGAGAAUGAAUGUGAGAACAAGGUUACCCUUCAGAGAAGUCCUGAAGCCACAUCCCCGUCACAGGCUGAGGACUUUGAGUGUGAUACCAGUCGAAUGCGCCCACCUGUUAAAGAACAGUCGGCGAUACUGCUCAAAGUCCCUCUCUUCCAAGAAUCAGGGGUCACUUCUCAGUCAAGUCUACCUGAGAUGCACACUACUGUCUGCGAGGUAACGGGUGACAGUGGAGUUUCAGCAAUGCCCUGCCUCACACCACCGAUGUGCUCCAAAGAGCAAACCGACUCGAUUGUGACCGUGUUGUGCUGCGAGACACUUGGCCUUCCCUCCAGCGGUGAGGAACAUGCACUUUGCGCUUCUUUUGCAGCAGACCAGAGCCAGACUUUUCGCUUUGUGCCCGUGGAAUUGAUUAGAGACGAAUCUCUGGGGAGUUUUGCAGAGGAGACCGAGCCCAGCGACAGAGAGCACGCUUUGGUCCACGAGCACUCGUACUGCCGACCGGACACCGACAAAGACGAGUUGUGGAGUAAGAUCCUGAGUCUGCACGCAAAGAUCUUGGAACUGGACCGUAGAGAGGAGAACACUGUGGCUAAAAUCCACACUUUAGAGAAUGAGAUUUCACUCCUGAAGAGGAAUGGGGCAGUUUUUAAAGAAAAGCAGAAAAUUUUAGAAGAUUAUGUGUCAUCUGUUUUACUCUGAUCUUUAGACAUUUGACUUGUGUUAUUAUUGCCUUUGCUGUUGCUAAUUUUGGUCAAUUAUUUGUCUUGGGUGAAACAGCUUCUGUAACAUGCUACUUUAGGUGCUGGUCUGAUUAUGUCCACGUGGUGGCACUGUAUUCACUUUCAUUGCUUAACAGCUGUACAGGCCUAUUGGACAAAUUAGAAUAUUUUUGAAAAGUCCAUUUAUUUCAAGAACAUUAUCGCUUAGUAAAACAUUAUAUAAUAAUAAUAAUAAUAAUAAUAAUUACACACAGAUGGAUGUUUUAAAGUCUUAAUUAAUUAUGCUGAAAUUUGUAAUUAAAAUAUAUCAGACCAAUUUAAAAGAAACAUUUUUAAUAUAAAAAUGUAGUCAUAAUGAAAAAUAUGCUUCAUACCUGCUUAAAUGUUGUCAAUUUUCAAAAGGUACUUUUAUCCUGACAAAUGAUCCUUAUCAGGACACAUAUUGUAAUUUAUUGAUGCAUCUAUAUUUUUUAAAUGUGAACUGCACAUUUCACUUUUUUCUCUGAAGGGUCCUAAAUUUCAUUUUACAACCCGACACCAAUCUACAAGACGAUUUAAAUCCAUUUUAGCUAUUCAGCUAAAAUUGAUGACUGCACUCAUCAAUUCGUCAGGCUGUCCAUGUGGUGUUAGGAAAACUAUUCAUUUCGCCACUUUUCUUGUCUGUAUGACCGUCAGUCAUAAUAAAAUAGAGUA